GAACAAGUUACCGCCACUUCACCUCCCCUGAAACCCUUUCUCUUUCUCAAACUUCCUUCUCUCUUUCUGCCUGUAACAGUUAUCAAUUGAAUUCUUCAUCCGCAAUUAUGUCUGCUCCCGUCAUUCCUCCUGGUAAAACUUGGCUUGAUACCUUGAACAAGUCCUUUGUUGAUGUCCAUGUGGAUGCUGCCAAUGAUAAUGCGGUGUCUACCAGUGACUUCCUCGAGGCUGCAGAGUCUUUCACAACCCUUUUUGAUGUAAUUGGUGUCCUUGCUUUCAAUACGGUGAAGAGCGAUCUCGUUGGAAAUAUCAAGAAAAUCCGCGAACGUCAGCUCGCCGCCCCCGCCGAAUCUGAGACAUUGCAAGCCCUUGUCAUUAAUGAACUGAAGACGAAGAAACACACCGCCACGGAAGGACUCCUAUGGCUUGUGCGCGGCCUUCAAUUUACUGGCGAAGCCAUCCGCGACAGUCUCGAUGCUCCUGAUAAGGAAUUGGCUGACUCUUUCCGCACGGCCUACGGAUCCACCUUGAAGCCUCACCACUCCUUUUUGGUGAAGCCGGUCUUCACUGCUGCUCUUUCCGCCACCCCAUACCGCAAAGAUUUCUUCAGCAAAUUAGGUUUCGACGCCGGUGCGGAGCCUGCCUUGAAGGAAUAUGUGGCCGCUUUACAAAACCAAGUCAAGAUCUUGCAAGACUUCCAAUCUCGCAAGGAGGCCCAAUGGAAGUAAAUUAUGGGUUCGAGCUUCAGCCCUUUACCGAAAGACUAUACAAGAUCAUUUGCCAACUAUAUAUACCAUUGAAGGUCGAUUAUCAUCUUCGGCGGACUUGUGCUGGAUAAGGGAUCGUUGUUUAUCUGUUCUUAGAUGGAAGUGUCAUUCUCCUCGGCUACUAAGCCUCCUGCAUAUAUUAAGCGAGCUAUUUCCAGAUUUCUUCAAUUAUAAAUACUCAUUUCGAAUCUAUCACU